GAGUGAUCUUGUCUUCUUUCGAAAUCGCGGAGCUUCUGUACCUUGCACCCUCCCUCCCUGGCUCCAAGCUCUUGUUAUAUGUCUUGUUUUCCUUGCAUAGCCCUCUUCAAUCUCAGGGACAGCCAGAAGAGCACACCUAGUUGGACAUGCUGCUGUGCUGCUGACUUUAUCAUUCCACCAUGGGUAUCGCCAGUGAAUACAUACCUGCCUCCACAGAGGAGCCAGAUCCCAAUGGCAAACAUGAACCUGCAGUGGACACUACCUCUCAGGAAUCCAUGAAACUCAAGAAGGAAAUUUCACUGCUGAAUGGGGUUUGCCUGAUUGUAGGCAACAUGAUCGGUUCUGGGAUCUUUGUCUCACCCAAGGGUGUCCUUAUCUAUAGUGCUUCCUAUGGCCUUUCGUUGGUCAUCUGGGCAAUUGGUGGAGUUUUUUCAAUAUUCGGUGCUUUAUGUUAUGCUGAACUAGGUACAACCAUUACCAAAUCAGGAGCAAGCUAUGCCUAUAUCCUGGAGGCCUUUGGUGGCUUCAUAGCCUUCAUCAGACUGUGGACAUCCCUCCUCAUUAUUGAGCCUACUAGUCAAGCUGUUAUUGCCAUCACCUUUUCCAACUACAUGUUGCAGCCCAUCUUCCCGUCUUGUGAAUCGCCUUACUCUGCUAAUAGGCUCCUUGCAGCGGCCUGCAUAGGACUUCUCACCUUUGUGAACUGUGCCUAUGUGAAAUGGGGCACCCGUGUCCAAGAUGUGUUCACUUAUGCCAAGGUCUUGGCUCUGAUUGCAGUCAUCAUCGCAGGAAUUGUAAAGCUUGCUCAAGGUCAGACACAGAACUUUGAUGAUGCCUUUGCUGGUUCCUCCCAUGAUGUUGGCCAUAUUGCUCUUGCUCUGUAUUCAGCUCUCUUCUCUUACUCUGGGUGGGACACACUGAACUUCGUCACAGAAGAAAUAAAGAACCCGGAGAGAAACUUACCCUUGGCCAUUGGAAUCUCUAUGCCAAUUGUGACUGUGAUUUACCUGCUGACCAAUGUGGCCUAUUACACGGUGCUGGACAUGCGCUCCAUUCUGGGAAGUGAUGCUGUGGCAGUGACAUUCGCUGAUCAGAUAUUUGGAAUAUUUAACUGGACGAUCCCACUUGCCGUGGCUCUGUCAUGCUUCGGAGGUCUGAACGCUUCCAUUCUUGCUGCUUCCAGGCUCUUUUUUGUUGGAUCCCGAGAAGGACACCUUCCUGAUGCUCUUAGUAUGAUCCACGUAGAGCGAUUCACGCCUAUCCCUGCUCUGUUGUUUAACGGAGCCAUGGCAUUGGUGUACCUGUGUGUUGAGGACAUCUUCCAGCUCAUCAAUUAUUACAGCUUCAGCUAUUGGUUGUUUGUGGGUCUGUCUAUUGCAGGACAACUGUAUUUGCGUUGGAAGGAGCCAGACAGACCUCGGCCACUCAAGCUCAGUCUGGUAUUCCCAGUGAUAUUUUGUCUUUGCACUAUAUUCCUGGUGGCCGUUCCGCUGUAUAGUGAUCUGGUUAAUUCUCUGAUUGGAGUAGCCAUUGCUCUCUCUGGAGUUCCAGUCUAUUUUCUUAUUGUACGGGUGCCCGAACAGAAGAAACCAAACUUCCUGAGGCGUGUAGCAGCCGGUAUCACUCGCUAUACUCAGAUUUUAUGCUUCUCUGUCAUCACUGAGAUGGAUUUGGAGGAAGAAGAAAAACUGGACGCAAAAUCUGAAUGAGUGAAACAGUCACUACCUUGAAUCUGCUUCUGAAACCUCCUCAUUGCAUAAUUUAUUUCUUAAAAUGGACGGACAGCUUUUAUAUGGCUUCAGCACAAGGGUGGCUGCAGGGCAGUGCUCUGGCUGGAAUCUGCCUAAUGAUUCUCUCUGGCAGGGGAAGUGUUAAUAAUUGUCUCACAUCUACAAAUGCCUUUCCCUGACUUGGGAUGUUAAUUCCUUAGUCGCUUGAGGGGGUAGCGGUCAUAGGUGGCGUGAUGCAUUGCUGGCCCAUGCACGUAGGGGAUUUCAAUCUGUGAAACUACAGCUAUCCUAUUGGGGCCAAUCAGGAGACCGGAGACUCCCAUGACCUUGGUGUGCCUUACAUGACUGAGCAAUUUGGCACUGUCUGGAAAAAUAUAACAGGCAUUCGCUGUCUCUGUACAGCACUGAUACAAUUCGAAUAAAACUCAGAAUACCAAAAUGA